GUCCCAUUUUAUUCGAUUCCGGUCCAUUGUCUUAGUACUUCCGGGCUGUCGCUCUUGCCGCCAUCUUGUCUGCGACGCGGAGAAGAAGCGGCUUCAGGAGGCAGAAAUGUGGGAUCAGGGUGGACAGCCCUGGCCGCAGUGGCCUUUGAGCCAGCAGCAGUGGAUGCAGUCCUUCCAGCACCAGCAGGACCCAGGCCAGGUGGACUGGGCAGCCCUAGCACAAGCCUGGAUAGCGCAGAAGGAGUCUGCAGGACCCCCAGUGGAGCAGCCGAGCCAGCAGCCCAACGGGCAGGAUGUUCAAUCCCUGGAACCGGCUCCGAACAGCCACGGCUCCUUCCAGGGCGACUCGGCCUUCAACCGAAUGUGGCAGCCAGAAAGAAUACAGCCUAUCAGUGAUGAGCUGCACCCCCACCCCCCAGAUUGGAAUAUGCAUGGCCCUCCCCCAGAGCAGGCAUGGCUCCCCCAGGGCCCAGGGCCCAUGGAUGUUGUCACCCCUUCGGAGGACAGCAACAGCCAGGACAGCCUGGAGUUUGCACCAGAUUCCCACCAGGGGGGGUUCCCACAGAACAGCCAUGGUUUCGGGGGCCAGUCAGACAGCUUUUCCAUGACGCCCAUGCCUGUCAACCAGUUUGACUAUCAGCAUGGGGCUGCUGCCUUUGGCCCCCCUUCUACAGGGUUUCCUCCUCCAUACUGGCAGCAAGGGCCUCCCCAGAAUCGACGGGACCGGCCCCCAGGAUUCAGGGAGCGCCAAAGGUCCCCUCUUCAGAUGCCCAACAAGCAGGAGCCCCCAGCCUUGGACGCAGUGAAGCGGCGGAUCCUCCCCGCCUGGAUUCGCGAGGGUCUGGAGAAGAUGGACCGCGAGAAGCAGAAACGGCUGGAGAAGGAGAGGAUGGAGAAGCAGCGGGCGGAGAUGGCGAGAGAACAUAAGAAAGAGGAAGACGCAGCCGAGGAGGAAGGCGAUGGCCCGAGGCUUCCACGCAAGAGCAAGUUUGACAGUGACGACGAAGAGGAGGAGGGGGGUGAAGAAGAGCAGGCCCCCACCAGGAAGCCCGAGCUCGUAAGGAGCAGUCCGUCCCCAUCCCACGAGGGGCAGAGCGAACCAGAGAUGACGGAGGAGGAGCGAGAGUACCAGCUGAUACUCCUGACAAAGACUUUGCUGACGGAAGUGUUGCUGGAAGUGACCACUGAGGAAAUCUACCAGGUGGCCCGGGAGACUCAUCGCAAGGCUACCAAAGCGCCUGCCAAACAGAUCGCACAGUCAAGUGCACUGGCUUCUCUGACCGGCCUCGGGGGUCUGGGUGAGUACGGCUCGGACGAGAGCGACGGCGAGCACAGCACCAAGGCUUCGGACUCCUCUGACACAGACGAGGAGGAGUUACGGCACCGCAUCCGCCAGAAGCAGGAUGCCUUUCGGCGCCAGGAGAGGGCGCUGCAGCAGCAAGAGGAGAGGCGCGCGACUGAGGGGCCGCUUGCCCCAGAUGACCCAGCACUGGAUAGGGUGGGCCGAGAGCAGACACAGUCGGAGAGCUUAGAUAGAGCGGCAGUCAGGGAGGCGGAGCCUGUCAGGGAGGUGGAGAGACGCAAGGCCCGUCCUGAGCAGGAGGCUAGUGAGGUCAGGCGGGCGGGGCCAGUGAGGGAGCAGGCGGGGCGUGGCGGGGCGAGCGGCAGCGCCUCCCCCAGCGACGCUCGCAGCAGCACCUCGCGCUCCAGCUCCAGCAGCUCCAGCAGCCGUUCCUCUUCCUCCUCCUCCUCCUCCUCUUCCUCUCGCAGUUCAUCCCGCUCCUCCUCCCCAAGGAGGAAGAGGCGGCGCAGCCCCUCGCCCUCCCGCCGGACGCGGCCGCGCAGCCGCAGUCCGCGCAGACGCCCCAGCGAACGGGAAAAGGGCCGGGAGAGGAGGCGGGGCAGUAGAAACCGCAGUGCCGAGCGCUCCGGCCGCCGGGGGAACCGCAGCCGCUCCCGGGAGAGGAGGCCCAGCAGGGGGCGCAAGAGCAGGUCCAGGGAGAGGGCGAAGGGCAGCCGCAGUCGCAGCGGGGACCGGCGGCAGAGCCGGGAGCGCAGACGCAGCCGAAGUCGCAGCCGGCGCAAGCAGAAAGAGCCGAGCAAAGACAGGGACAAGAGGAGGGAGAGGAGCCGGAGUGGAGAGAAGGACAAAAAGAAAAAGGAGAAGGAUGUAGAUAAGAAAGAGAGGUCCAAGCAGAGGGCGAAGGAGAAGGAGAGCGUAGUGCAGGAGGGCAGCAACGGCAGGGCUAAGCGGAGGAGGGAGAGCGAGCACACGGACUCCCACAGUGAGGCCGCCGGCAGGCCCGCCCGCUCGGACAAGAGCGGCAAGAAGGGCCCCAGCAAAGGCGGCAGGAAGUACUCAGACUCUGAGUCCAGCAGGAGCAGGUCUCCCUCUCCUGAGGUUAGCAAGGAAAAGAAAUCUAAAAAGUCCAAACGCAGUCGCUCACGGUCAACGGAAAAGUCGCACAAGUCUGGUAAGAAGGCGAGCCACAAACACAAGUCUAAGUCGCCAUCAAGGUAGUAUUCAGUUCUCUUUACUUACUCCUUUUCACUGUCCAUGUUCACGUUGUUGUGCUGUAAUAUCCCGCAUACGUUUGCUUACUGUUAAUGGGGUAAAGCCAUGUUGGUUAUUAUGUGCCAGCUGAUUGUCUCCCUGACGCGCCGCUCAGGCCUCGCCACAAGAGGCGCUGUCCCUUUGCACGCUACCCCACAAGGCGAUUACGCACUAAAAUACUAAAGAGAGGGCACAGCGUAAUCUUCCUGAAAAGACUGUGCAUGUCGACCCGUCUCCUUCCGCAGGAUACUGCCCUUGCAGCCUGUGGGUGACGGUUCCGCUGUGUCAUGUGGUGUGGGGCCAUUUUUUGGCUGGAGGGAGGGGAUAGGGUCUCGGGGCUGUCUGUCAGUGACUGUGCUUAUGCUGAUUGGCUGGUGGAAGCCUCGCCCUGACACCUUUUCCCUCCACCUCUCUUGCAGGUCAAACUCUCCCGCCCGCCGCUGGCGCUGAGGAUCCUGAUAUGUGUACUUAUUUUAAAAUUCCAUGAGUUUUAAAGGCUUGUCUCAUUAUAGAGGCAACAGUGUAGGUGACUCUCCCGUGACCCCCACCCCUGUAAAUAUCUCAUUUUUAAUUCCUGUCUGCAGUACAACACUCCCUCCAAAGCCUGAUCACAUCUGAGGACUUAGUCAGUAGAGCAUCCAAGUUGUAACGUUUUAUCACAAAAGGAAAAAAAAAAAUCACACUGUAAAUUGUCCAAUAAAGCGAAUGAUUGUUGGUUUGGCUGUUGUGAUUGUCCCUUUUUGUUCUGAAGCAUUUAAAAGUCCUCCCCAGCUUUCCCUAGAGGCCUGGCUGCCCUUCCUACCUGUUAGUUAGUUAGUUAGGGUUUUUUUUUUAAGGAAAAAAACAUGUUUUUUAAGGUGAAUGUGGGCUGUCAGCACAUGCUGUGAUACACUGUAAAGUCUGUACAACUUCUAAUAAAACAUCGAUCUGAA